AUGCCCUCCCUGCCCAUGUGCUCGGCUCCCGGCCACUCACCCCGCCCGGCUGCCCCCAUCUUCAACUUCCUGGUCCUCUACUACUAUUGCACCCUGUCCCUGCGCGAUCACAUCCUCCUUGUCAACGGGUCGCGCAUCCACAGCUGGUGGCUCAUCCACCACUACCUGUCGGCCCUGCUGUCGGGGAUCCUGCUGGUCUGGCCGGACCUGCCCAACUUCCCGGUCACCCGGCAGCAGAUCAACCUCUUCUACAUCAUCGUCGGCGCCAUCCAGCUCCUGCAGUUCCGGUACCAGAUGGGCCGGCUGCGCACCCUGCGCACCCUGGGCAAGCGUCGGCCCCUGGAUGUGGUGUCCGGCGACGCGGCGAUCGUCGUCGACGGCCCCGGGUCUCGGACGGCCUCGUCCAUCCUGUCGCCGGUCUCGCCGCUGACGCCGUCGGUGUCGGCGGCCAGCACGGCGGCCAUGGCGGCCGCCGUGGCCGCCGCCUCCGCCGGGUCGUCUGCCUCGGCGACGGCCACCGCGGCGGCCACCGCGGCGGCGGCCUCCCUCGCGGCGGCCGGCGACUCCGGCGCCCUUACCUCCACCGAGUCCACGCCCGGCGUCAUCUGCCCGCCCUUGGCCGGGGCUGGUGUUGGCGGGUCGACCUCCUCGGUGGCCGUGGCCGGCGGCGCGACCGGUCGUGCCCGGUCCGGCUCGCGCGAGGGCGGCCUCCUCGGCUCGACCAUCGGCCGUCUGAACAUGAUCCUGCCUUUCCUGAUUGCCGGCCAAAUGUGCCAGCUGUUCAAUGGGUUCUCCUGCCUGGUGAUCGCCUUCAGCCGUGGGCGCUCGGACAUCGAUCUCUAUGACGUCGGCCGGAGUUGUGUGCUUGUCAAGAUCGGCAACAAGCAAGUGAUGUUCGACUGCGGCAUGCACAUGGGCUACGAGGACCACCGGCGGUUCCCGAACUUCUCGCUCAUCGCCAAUCCCUCGCCCGGGAGCUUCGAGAAAGUCAUCGACGCUGUCAUUAUCACCCAUUUCCACCUGGACCAUUGCGGUGCACUGCCACACUUCACGGAGAAGUGCGGCUACAAUGGGCCCAUCUACAUGACGCACCCGACGAAGGCCAUCUCGCCCAUUUUGCUGGAGGAUUUCCGGCGAAUCGUCGUCGAGAAGAAGGGCGAAAGCGACUUCUUCACCACCGAGGACAUCUGGAACUGCAUGAAGAAGGUGGUCACGGUCAACAUCCACCAGACAAUCAAGGUGGAUGACGAGCUGGAAAUCCGCGCCUACUAUGCCGGGCAUGUCAUCGGCGCGGCCAUGUUCCACAUCCGUGUCGGGCACCAGUCGGUCGUCUACACGGGCGACUACAACAUGACCCCAGAUCGACACCUGGGUGCGGCCUGGAUCGAGCCCCUCCGACCGGACUUGCUGAUCACCGAGUCGACCUACGCGACGACCGUGCGCGAGUCGAAGCGCGCCCGCGAGCGCGACUUCCUGACCAAGGUGCACGAGUGCGUGUCGCGCGGGGGCAAGGUGCUGAUCCCCUGCUUCGCGCUGGGCCGCGCGCAGGAGCUGUGCAUCCUGAUCGAGCAGUUCUGGGACCGGAACAACCUCAGCGUGCCGGUCUACUUUAGCGCCGGCAUGACCGACAAGGCCAACCACUACUACAAACUCUUCAUCAACUGGACCAACGACCGGAUCAAGAAGACCUUUGUCCGGCGAAAUGCCUUCGACUUCAAGUACAUUCGCAGCUUCGACCGGAGUUAUGCCGACCUCCCGGGGCCGAUGGUUCUCUUCGCCACGCCGGGCAUGCUGCAUGCCGGCACCUCGCUGGAGGUCUUCAAGAAGUGGGCGCCCGAUCCGCGGAACAUGCUCAUCAUGCCGGGCUACUGCGUGGCCGGCACGGUCGGUGCCCGCGUCCUGGCCGGCCAGAAGGAGAUUGAGAUCGACAAGAAAUACAUCCCGGUGAACCUGAGCGUGCGCAACAUGUCCUUCUCGGCGCACGCCGAUGCCAAGGGCAUCAUGCAGCUCAUCCACAUGGCCAAGCCGCGCAAGGUGAUGCUGGUGCAUGGCGAAAAGAAGAAAAUGUACGCACCGCCCCGGGGGAACUCGCUCAGCAUCGGCUUCCCUCCCCCCCCGGCCGAUGUCUGCCCCGCCCGCCCGUCCUCCCGUGUCUGA